AUCCUGAUUCCUACACUGUUCGACGUUGUCGGUACUGCGCUCGUCAACUAUGGUCUUCUGUACGUGAGUGCAAGUGUGUACCGUAUGUUGUGCGGGACUGAGCUUGUCUUCUGUGCAACCGGCGCCGUGCUAUUCCUCGGGCGGAAGCUUCUUUCCAAGCACUAUCUUGCGAUCCUGAUGAUGGUAUCCGCUGCCGUUCUUGUGGGAGCUGCGUCGAUGCUGAAUGGCGACAGCGCUGGCAGUGGCAGCCCCAAGGAGCAAGCGGUUGGCAUGGUUCUUCUCGCGUUUUCGCAGCUUGUUUUCGCAGCGCAGAACCUAGUGGAGGAGUCGUUUAUGGCAGAUAUGAAGGUUGACGCCGCGCUCAUUGUUGGUAUGGAAGGUGCUUGGGGUCUGCUUAUUAUGAGCCCGGCGUUGCUAGUGGCGCAAUUUGCGCCUGGAUCUGACGUGGGCGGUGUGCUGGAGAAUACAGCGGACUCGUUGAUGUUGAUGAGGACCAAUCACUUUGUUCUCGCAUCGGCGAUUUUCUUGGUGUUUGGCUUCUUCGUUACAAACUACGCUCUGAUCUGCAUGUCUGGUCAGCUUGGCGCGACGUUCAGAAUCGUCAUCGACAACUUGAGGACCCUCAUCGUGUGGCUCGUUGGGCUCGCCGUCUUUACGUAUACGAAGGAUGAUCCGAUUCCGUUGGGCGAAGAGUGGCAACAGUAUUCCUACGUUCAGGUCAUAGGGUUCGCCGUGAUGAUCCUUGCCGUCUUUGUUUAC